GCAAAAAUUAGUUGCUUUCAGCCGCUGCGAUGUCCGUGGCCUGGCGACGCCAGCUAAGCAAUAAAAGCAGCGAAGUGAAAGUUAAUAUUUAUCGUUGGUUUUCUGAGAAACUGGCUCUGGAGCGAUCCUGAGCCACCUGCAGCAUCAAGAUCAAAAUCAAUAUCAAGGAACCGUUAUAGAGGCGGCCUUACUCUGUCCUCCCUCAACAACAUUACAACAAUAACAAAGUUAACCUCUGCCUCAACCUACUCGCCUCUACCAAGUAUAACCUAGAUAUAGACGAAGGAAAUUUUUAAGUAUAAAUUUGAUUUUUGUUUGCCAUGGAUACAUUACCUGACAUUCAAGUGAUACCAAGUGAUGGACAGCAGCAGCUUGAAUGGGGAAGGAAUCGGCCCAUCACUUUUGAAGACUUAGGAAUACCACGUGUCAAUGCCAUGCGAACUACAGUGUUUGGAAAUCAUUGGAUUGUUGCUGCUGAGACUGUCCUUUUCAUUCGAACUUGCCAAAGUCUCAUUCUUCUUGAGUGGAUCCUUCUUGUUGGUGGCCUCACUUCAGCGAUAAUUACAAUUGCCUUGGCAUUAUACAGACUCUGGUUCUCUAAGCCUGGGGAAGCAGACUAUGUGUUUGCAAUACUGCUUGUUUUCCAUUCCGCAUUCUGCAUACUGUACAUCCUUGAUGGUGUUUUCCGAGAGCAAGCAUUUGAAGUUCUGGCAUUUGUUGCUUCAUGUGGAUUCCUGAUUGUCUACAUAGUUGUGAACUUUGCCAAUGCACCAUCUUCAUCAUCUGAUAUCUUCAAACUGGUGCGACUUGUUUUGACUAUAGUCUUUGGAACCAGUAUGGGAUCAGUUGGUUUAGUUCUUGGGUUUCGUUAUUGGCAGUCUGCAAACCUCAUCUUCAGAACAGUUGGGGCAGAUACCUCAAUCCAAGCUCUAUGUAAAACACUCUUCACAACCAUUACUCUCAUUCUCUUUGAUGCACAGAUUGUAGGCAGUGUAAUCAUUCUGGCACUGCGGCACAGCAUCACCAAGCUUAGUUUACAGGAGAUUCUGACCCUCACCAUCGGACCACCACUGCUACUGGCAUGGGCUGUUAUUGCAUAUUUAGGGCUUCGUUUGGAAAGCAGAUAUUUCUUCAGUUUGACAAUGACCUUAAGUCCUUGCCACAUAGCUUAUGUCCUCUUGGCAAUCAUUCAGACUGCCUUGAAUCAUGAAGAACAUAAAGAAAUUCGAAUAGCAUAUUGUCGAUAUGCUGCUAGUGCUGGGAGCUUGGUGGUGCACACUGUCUUGAUCAUUUUCUUAGUGAGGUGUUAUAGAAACUUUGGAAUGGGACUGAAAGAAAAAGUUUAUCCACAACAGGUAAGCAACAACAUGUCACAGUCAAGACUUGUUCAAUAAAUGAUGAAGGACAACCAGUGCUUAGAACUAGUCUUGUGGAGGUUGUAUGAUCAGAAUUCUGAUCCCACCGUAGAAAGUUAUUGUGCUAUUGUGAUUUUAUAUAUUUAUAUUUUCAUAAUCUUCAUUUUAUAAAAGUUUUAUUGAAUCUUUUACUGUGAGCUGUAUAAUAUAUACUUCACUGUGGUAGUAUCCAAUUUUCUCUCUACCUUAAUUCCUUACACAUGUGUAUGAAAGAUGUGAAUGAACUAAUUAGAAUUAAUAUUAUGUUGUGUGUUAGUGUUUUAGGUAAAGAAGGAUGAAUGCACACUCUGAUUUUGCUGAAAGUUCUUAUAUAAUGUACAGGUUACCAUCCAUUCAUAUGGAGUUAUAAGUGAAAUUUUUUGCUAAUUAGAUUUUGGUAAGUAUGAAAGUGGGCCUGUAUAGAGGGAGGAGAACAGAUCCUUAUUUGAAACAAGACAAGUCAAAGAGGCUUAUUGAGGAAAUAUAACAUCUUUGUACAUAAUGUAAAAUAAUUAUAUGUUGAUUUUCAUUUUGUUCUAUCUUCUAUAUGGGAAUGACAUGGAAAUGUGAAGUGUUCUUUUUAUGUAUUCAUCUUACAUAAAUGUGUCUGUGAUUAGAAGGGCUACAUAUACUCAUACUCUAUAUGAUAAUCUAAAAUGCUUUCUUGUGAUAUUAUGUAAAGUAAAGGAUGUAUGUGGUUGUGCUGUAUUGAGAACAGUACCCCGCCUUGCUACUAGCGGGGAGGGACCAAGCAGGCCACUACAUGUUUACACAUUAAGAAGGACUGAACAUUAUGAAAUACUCAAUAAAUGUUCAUUGAUUA